AUGAGGGUAACGCAGAUCGGUCAACUGACUGAACAGCUGAUAGCCAAAAAUGAUUAUCAAAUUGGGCAGAGCCUUCGGCGUAAUCUGCAAAUUGUCUGCAAUACUAGCAUCGAAGAGCAGCUGAGCAAAUUCCGGGAGCUAGAGUCAUGCCGAGCUACCAGCACUUUAUGCGUCGAGAAGAGCAACUGUGAGAAACAGUUCGCAGCCACCACCACUAGUGACACCGACGGUCGAUUCAUCGUGCAGCUACCGAAACGAGAGGAGAAGCUGGCUCUUCUUGGAGACUCGAAAGGGAUAGCCACACGCCGGUUCCUUGCCUUGGAACGUCGGCUAUCCUCGAAUGCCUCAUUGAAGACAGAUUACACACAGUUCAUCGAGGAGUACGCAGAGCUUCAACACAUGACAGAGUUAGCCGAGAGCGAUGCUACAUCUUCAUCCCCCUUAUACUAUCUUCCACAUCACUGCAUCGUGCGACCAGAUAGUACCACCACUAAACUCCGAGUGGUGUUCGACGCUUCGUGUGCAUUAGACACCGUAACAUCUUUAAACGAUGCACUGAUGAUUAGACCCACUAUCCAAGACGACCUGAUAUCCAUUCUAUUGCGGUUUAGAAUGUCGAAAUUGGCCCUGGUAGCAGACAUCGAGAAGAUGUACCGGCAAAUCAACAUAGCUGCCAUCGAUCGUCCGCUGCAACGAAUCCUGUGGCGAAAUUCUCCAACCGAGCCGAUACGAACGUUCCAGCUCAACACCGUCACCUAUGGCACAUCAUGUGCUCCGUAUUUGGCCACCAAAACCCUGCAAGUGCUAUCUCAGGGUCAACGAGUAUGUCAGCAACUCAUCGAUCUCCUGGCGUCUGGUGGAUUCUGCUUGCGGAAACGGGCCACCUACAACAGGCGGAUCUUCGAACAUCUGCCCCAGCAUCUGCAAGAUGAAAGGACGAUUCUCAACUUGGAUUCGAAGUCACCGAUCAUCAAGACACUUGGACUGAAGUGGAACAUUUCCACCGACGCCUUUGUGUUCAACAUCCCACGCUGGAACGCAGACAACGUCAUCACCAAACGAAACGCACUUUCGGAUGUGGCAAAACUAUUCGACCCAAUCGGACUGGUUGGACCAGUUAUCAUCCAAGCUAUGCUGUUCCUUCAAGAGCUGUGGAGAUGUCAGAUCGCCUGCUUUUCCAGCGAUGGUACGGCCAGGGAUACGAUGGGGCUAUUCGUAUCCCUGGCCGUACCAUCGCUGGAAAAGCUGCCGUUCAACCGUCUCGAUCGCUGGCAAAAGGUGCAUGAGUUUGUCCAUCGACUAUGGAAACGUUGGUCAACAGACUACUUGUCCGGACUACAACAGAGAACCAAGUGGACCAAACAGAAGGACAACGUGAAGCUGGAUACCAUGGUGCUGCUGAAGGAGGACGGGCUACCUCCAUCGAAGUGGUGUCUUGGCCGCGUCACGCAGAUCAUCAAGGGAGCUGAAGACAACAUCCGAGUGGUCAUCGUCAAGACAAAAGAUGGAGACUUCAAGCUUUCUAUUUCUAAAAUCUGCGUUCUUCCCACCGACGAGUCAUCCAGUUCAUCCUAG